AGGACUUUAUGAGCGAGUACCGGCAGCUGGAGCCGCAAGGAGUGCCUGGGGUGAAGAAGGAUGGCAAGUGGUGGCGGCACGUCAUGACUGGCAAGGUGUACGUCCCGGUGCGACUGAGAGCGAAAGUGGUACUGAACUUCCACUAUGGCACCAGUGGGCACGCGGGAGUACUCAACACGCGGAAGAGAGUAGCCAGCAUCUUCUACUGGCCCGGACUUGCAGAGGACUUUGCGAAAGUGGUAAGAAAGUGCCUGAUAU